AGACAUCUCUCAUUUCUCCUCAAGGCCACUAAAAAACGGAGCAUCGGUGAAGAGAUUCGAACUAGCAAAACAAAAAACGUUUGGGGAGGUUUCGCCAAUCCUUAAAGGUGUGACCUGAGAUCACGACACAAACAAUCUCUACUCGAAGCCCCUUUUGAUUCAUCACUCAUCACCAUGUGGAGAAGAAUUGUCUCCUCUCACUUGAAAACCCUAGCCGCCGAUGUCGCCGCUGCUUCGCCUCGUCGAUCGAUAGCCACCACCGCGAGACCAGUUGGCUUCUAUCUCGCUGCCGAUCGAUCAGCUAUUCCUGCAUCUUUUUCCGUCAUCCCUCGUCAUUUCAGCUCCGAAUCAGUGGAGACGCUUGCGAAGAAGAAGGUGGAGGAUGUAAUGCCCAUUGCAACUGGACAUGAGAAGGAAGAGCUUGAAGCUGAAUUGGAGGGAAGGAGGCUGCUUGACAUUGACUUCCCCGAAGGGCCUUUUGGAACAAAGGAAGCUCCUGCUAUUGUCAAAUCCUACUAUGACAAGCGAAUUGUGGGAUGCCCCGGUGGUGAAGGCGAGGAUGAGCACGAUGUUGUGUGGUUCUGGCUCGAGAAAGGAAAGUCUUUUGAAUGCCCGGUGUGCACUCAGUACUUUGAGCUGGAAGUGGUUGGUCCUGGUGGGCCUCCCGAUGGUCACGGUGAUGAAGAUGAUGAGCACCACCACUGAUUCCGGCCUCUCCCUUGCCGCGAGUUUUACUUUUUGUUUUCACUUUUUCAUAUAUCUUAACAUUUUUUUGAGAAUAAAACAAAUUCCGCAGUUGGUGAAACCGGCUCUAACUGUUAUGUUUUGGUUAUGAGUAUUUUCCCUUUAUGUAGAGGAAUACCUCCUCAUGAAAUACUUAUCAAAGCACAAUGUAAUGAAUCUCUGUUUUCUCUCUUCUCUCGUCUCUUUUAUUCU